CGUCGGUUCUCCUUUCCACAACUACCACGCCACGCUGCGCUGCGCCCGAUCGACGACGACGACGACGACGACGACGACGACGACCUCCUGCUAAAGAGCGCGCAUACAGCCCCCCGUUUCUACCUCGUACUCCUCACCACCACCACCACCACCACUCCCUCCCUACUCCUCGACAGCGCCACAUCGCUGUUCCCCCUCGCGCCGCCAUGGGCCUCUCCUUUGGCAAAUACGACGAGGUCUGUAAUACCGUUCCCCUCGUCGUCUGUCCCCUCCUUGGCCCCUCUUCCCUCGGCCUCGAGUCACAAUGCUAUUCUCGCAACGUAGAGAUCAACAGCACCGUCAUCUUCCAGCCGGCCACCUGCUUCAUCCACAUCGCCGCCUUAGUCAUGAGCGCGAUCAUGGUGUACCACAUCCGGUCCAAAUACACCGCAGUGGGGAGAAAGGAGAUUGUCCUCUUCUUCUACCUCUAUGCGCUUAGCGAGAUUCUGGCCAUCUUCCUGGACUCGGCGAUUAUUCCUACCUACUCUCAGGCUUACCUGUAUAUUACGGCCAUUUACGUGGGACUGGGGACGAGCAUCUUUUGGAGUCUGUUGGUCAAUGGGUUUGUGGGAUUCCAGCUGUGGGAAGAUGGGACGCCCAAGUCGCUAUGGUUUUUGCGCAUCUCGUCGCUCGUCCUCUUUGUCGUCGGGUUCGUCAUCUCGAUUUGCACUUUCAAGGGAAUUGGAGGGAUGAGCCCUACGAAGCAGGUGGGACUCUGGGUGAUCGACCUCCUCUUCCCCGUCAUCUGCGUAGCAAUCUACGUAGGCUCACAGGUGCUCCUCGUCCUCCGCACCCUCGACGACCGCUGGCCGUUGGGUGACAUCGCAUUCGGUGUCCUCGCCUUCGUAGCCGCUUGCGUCCUCAUGUUCGGCUUCUCGACGGAGAUCUGCCAGGGCGUCAAGCAUUACAUCGACGGCACUUUCUUCGGAGUGCUCUGCCUCCUCUUUGCCGUCAUGAUGGUGUACAAGUAUUGGGACUCGAUUACAAGAGAGGACCUGGAGUUCUCCGUCGGCUCAAAGCAGACGGCAUGGGAGGUCAAGGACCCGCUCCUGGGCAGCAGGGAAGGAAUGGGAGACGACGUAGUGACUGCUACGGCUUCUUCUGCGACGCACGACUCGUCCAGCGGCGGGAACGGAGGCUACGGCGCCGGAAAGAAUGGUGGCCUCUCAGCGCCCUAUGGCGGCGGCGGUGCGUCGAAUGGGAGACUAGCGCCGGGCAUGGGAAUGGGAAUGGGAAUGGGAAUGGGCCCCAAGGGUGGGAACGGAGGUGCAGGCGGAUACCCGCCGAGUGGCGGGUACGGGGGCAGCAGCUACUAGAAAGGGCGCAAAGAUGAGCGCGACACGCUGCCACCCCUCAUCUUCUUCUACAACGGACUAUCCACGCCGACCGCCUCUUACCCCCUUGGUCGCUCGAGGUCAUGCAUUCACUCGAUUCCACACACGCGACUCUCGCCCCUCCCCCCAACCCCUCCUCAUAUGCCGCCGAGGCGUAUCUUGAUAUCUUCCUGUGUCGAUUGCUUGUCUCAUACACUGUCUCUCCGCCUCUUGUGCUCCUCUCAAUGAACGAUGAACACGGCCUUCAUUACCGCCGCCACAGGAUGCAAGGC